UAGGGUACGUCGCGAUAGCUACCGGGUCGAGGCCGCCUUCCUGGCUCCCCUCUUGCCCCGCCGUCUCGCGCGAGGAAUACAGAACGCAUUAAAAAUUUGAGAAAUUCAGAAAAGAGCGGCAGCCUAUUUAAAUCAACCCUCGCUUCUGCUUCAGGAGGAAAGAAAAGUGAGUCCUCGGCGUGAAUUGUGCUAUUUAUAAGUCUCUACAAAACAAAUCCAGGGCGUUCGUUUGGGUGAAUUAGUAACCCUGCGACGUAAAAUGUAACCCCGGCUUCUUUUGAACUGAGGUUGGCUUGUGCGCAUGCGCUCCGGUCGAGUCCCGAGCUGCUUUCUAGUUGUCUUUUGUUUUGAGAGGUGGAGUUGGGUGGUGCUGAGAUCGUAUUGUCGGAAGGCGAUUUGUUGACGUCAAAAAAUAUCUUUGGCGACUAAAACUUAAUUUCUCGCCUUGUAAGAGAAAUGCACUCUACAUAAACUCAGAAGUACUGUCUUUGUGCCGGCUUCGGUUGGAUCCUGUCAAUGAACGUCAGCUUUGGGGUUACUAGGCCAAGAGCUGAAACCUGGAAAUUUGUUUUGGAAGGUACUGAGUAAAUAUUUGAGAAAAUGAAUCCAAAUACUCAUUUCAGUGGGCAGCAGUCUGGAGCUUUCCAGACAACAUCUGAUGGGUCAUCUGCAGUCUUUCCUGUUCAGCCAUCAUUCCAACUUGGCCAAGUCUCUCCUUUUGGGGAAAACAGUGGAGAGUUGUUAAAGAAUCCUGGGUUUACAAAUCUACCUGAUUUCACUGUAACUUCAGGACUUCAUGGCUCUUUGGGAUUUGGGCAACAUUCAGGAUUUACACAGUCCUAUUCCCUGGGACAAGCUACAUCCCUUGUGACGUCUGCAGUAACCAGUUCUUCUGUGCCAAGCAAACAAAUAAUCAAUUUUAAAUCACCUACAACUCUUGGAACUUGUCAGAGUCCUUCUAGCUUUGGGGCUACAUCAGGAGAAACUUCAGGUAGUGGUUCUGUGAGACCAGAUUUCAGCUUCAAAACUCCUGAGAAUGCGGUGUUCAAGCCUAUCUUUGGCACUGGUUCAGAACAAGAUAAGUCAACCAAUCCACCCUUUCAGAGAUCUUUCACAUUUUCCUCUCCAAGUAUUAGCGAACCUAGAAGACUAGCCUCCUUUGUAAUUUCUCAAGCAAGUAGCAGCUCAGUUAGUACAAGUUUCAGUUUUUCAAAGCCAGUAAGCAGUAGCAGUUUACCAUCUUCAUUCAAUGCUCCUUUACCAAACAACACAGCAGAGGAUGAUAAAAAAAGACCUAUAGUUCUCUUUGGAAGUCCUAGUAGUAGCUUUACCUCAUUUUCAAGCUCAUCUACUGGGUCAUUGCCUGUGGGAGAUAGUUUCCAGACAAACAAAGCUGAAUGUGAAGAAUUACCAGUUACAAGUGAGCCACUUCCCAUCUUUGGGAAAGGAAUGAAAAGAAAAGAAGAACAGGAACAUUCACCAAGACGGCAUGAUUAUGAUUCUAUAGACGAACUAGAACUUCUGUCGAGGGGUGAUCAUUUUUCCAGUAAACGUCCAGUCAGGCUAAACCGGCCACCUACAAGAGGCUUGUUUAAUAGAACAUUGCAAGAUGUACUGAGAAGCAAUAAGAAAGAAUCCAAGCUGGAAAGAGUUUCAAUAGAAUCUGGAGAAAUGGAAGAUACAAAUGUGGCUGCAGGAAGCCAAUUGAAUUUUCCAAUGCCUGUGUCAGCGGCAGCACUGAGAAAGGAAGAAAAUAAAGUGAAACUGAAAGAGGAAUCUGUUGUAUCCAAACCCUUGCAUCGAAAUCGGAGUAGUGGAAGCACAGAGAGUCUUGGAGGCAUGCCAUCUAGUGAACUUACUGCCAUUCAGUGCAAAAAUAUUCCUCACUGUCUAAAUGACAGAAGUGUUCUGGAGAAUCAUUUUAAGAAGUUUAUUAAAAUCCAGCGUAUUCGUACAAACCGAAAUAAAAAGUUGGCUAUUAUACAAUGUUACGAUCAUGCAUCAGCUGUUUUAGCAAGAAAGAAAGCAAAAAGCCUGCACAAAGAGAUAGUGACAUUUUGGCAUAAGAAGAAACCAAGUCCAAGUAAGAAAGGCUAUAUGUCCAAGGAGGAGAAGUCAGAUGAAAGUGACAGGAGGCAAAUCAGUGACCAGCUGAGUAAUCAACAUUCUCCGCAUUGCAAAACCAUAAUUCGAUCCACUGGUAGCAAAAGUUCUCCACCUAAAAAAUCUGGCCUGAAAAAGUCUCUGCAAUUUGAGGCAUAUACAUUUGAUUCUGGACAUGAAGGACAUAGCUUGGAGAAUUUGGAGCUGCCUACACCCUCCUUCAGCAACCUCAUAGGCAUGGUGGCAGAGACCUCUGAGGACAAAUACCGCCUUCUAGACCAAAGAGAUAAAAUCAUGCGGCAAGCUCGAGUAAAGCAAAUAGAUCUUGGCAAAGCGAAAACCUUUGUUGGCACAUGCCCAGACAUGUGUCCAGAAAAAGAGCGUUACAUGAGAGAGACAAGGAACCAGCUUAGUAUCUUUGAAGUGAUCCCAGGAACUGACAAGGUUGACCAUGGGGCAGCAAUAAAGGAAUAUAGCAGGUCUUCAGCAGACCAAGAGGAACCAUUACCACAUGAACUAAGACCUUCUGAAGUGUUGAAUAUGACCAUGGACUAUUUAGUUACUCAAAUCAUGGACAAAGGAGAAGGAAACUACCGCGAGUGGUAUGAUUUUGUAUGGAACAGAACUCGUGGCAUAAGAAAGGAUAUAACCCAGCAGCAUCUCUGUUGUCCUCUGACUGUUUCCUUGAUUGAGAAGUGUACCCGUUUUCAUAUUCAUUGUUCCCAUCAUUUGUGUGAAGAGCCUAUGUCAUCUUUUGAUGCAAAAAUAAACAAUGAGAACAUGACUAAAUGCCUACAGAGCCUGAAGGAAAUGUAUCAGGACCUUGCAAAUAAGGGCAUUUACUGCAAGAGUGAAGCAGAAUUCAGGGGAUAUAAUGUUCUCCUAAACCUCAACAAAGGGGAUAUUCUAAGAGAAGUACAGCAGUUUCGUCCGUCUGUCCGAAACUCUCCUGAAGUUCGAUUCUCAGUUCAAGCCUUUGCUGCCUUAAACAGCAAUAAUUUUGUCAGGUUUUUCAAACUUGUGCAGACGGCUUCUUACCUGAAUGCAUGUUUGUUACAUUGUUAUUUUAACCAGAUUCGUAAAGAUGCUUUAAAGUCUCUGAAUAUUGCUUACACUGUAAAUGCACAGAGAUCCACCAUCUUUCCACUAGAUAAUCUGGUGCGCAUGUUACUCUUCAGGGACUUUGAAGAUGCAGCUGAUUUCAUAAGUUACUAUGGCUUGGGUGUGUCUGAUGGUUUUGUGGAGCUGAAUCGUUCUGCAUUUUUGGAACCAGAAAGCCUGCCCAAGCCAAAGAAAUCAGUAUUUGUCGGGCAGAAACUAAUUGUGUCAAUAGGAGAAAUAGUCAAUGGAGGAUUUCUACCACCUGUGACUUGCCAUAGACCUGUGUGUAGCUUCAGUGCUCAGAACAGAUACAUGGGGGAAAACACUACCAUCGAUUCAGUCAGCACUAGUCAAAAAGUCAGUGUUGAUGUGACAGAAGGAAAAGCAGAAGCAAGUGGCACAGACUCAGAAAUGCUCCAAGCUCAACCUUCUUCCUUACUCACAUCAUCCACCCCAGUACUGUUACUUUCCACAACAGGAUCCACAUUCCAUCCUAUUGCACAGCCUUCACCACCCUCUCCCAAACUUCAGCCUGUUUAUAGUGAUAUGGAUAUUGAAGAAGUAAUUGAAGACCUUGUGAAUGAUAUGCUGGAAGGAGAAUGUAGAGAAAUCAGCAGUGCAGGAGCAGCCUAUAUACAAUCAGCAAUAUGGAUCUCUAAUGCAGUUUCAGAUGAACUCAUGACAGAAGUGAUGCUAAAUCUUUUGGGGCAAAUUGCAUCUGUUGUAAUAAUUGACACAGAAAAAGAGAAGUUUGAAGAAGAAAAACGUCAGGCUGAAAAAGAAAGGCAGAAACAGGAAAAGGAACAAUUAGUAAAAAUGUUGAGUGAAUCACUGGGUGCAGAAUUAGCUGAAGAAGUGAUAAAGGAAACUACACAAGAGAUUUCAGCUAAGGAGUUAAAAUGUGCUGUGGAGAAGGAUCAAAAAGCACGUAUUGCUCGUUGCUCAAAAGAAGUCUGUGCUGAAAUAAUGGGUGUAUUUCUAGAUGAUGAGAUUUUCCAGAGUGCCAAGGAGACUUUAGAGGAACUUCAGUGCUUCUGUAAAUUCUUACAACGGUGGAAGGAAGCUGUUGCAGCCCGAAAGAAACUGAAGCGUCAGAUGAGAGCAUUCCCAGCUGCCCCAUGUUGUGUUGAUCCCAAAAAUAAAUUGAAAGCUCUGUCACCUAGUGCAGAAUGUCCUAUUGCCAGAGAACACCUAGAAAAAAGAAUUGUAAACUUGGGACAUGCAGGGAACCUUGGUACUUCCUGCCUUAGGUUAGGAUGUCUACGGGAUAAAAUCAUCCACCAAAUGAAAGUGCAACAUUUUUAUCAGCAAUUAUUACGGGAUGCAAUGUGGAGCCCACUGAAUUUGCCAUUAUUGAUUGCUGAAAACUUUCCAGUGCAACAAGAAAAAAUAUUUUGGAAAGCUCUUUUGGUUUUGCCCAGUGAUGAGGAAUAUCCACUUGAGGAUCCCAGCAGAAUUCUAGCAGAUUGGUUGAAAGCUAAAUUUCUCAUUGAUAAGGAUGUGGAAGAGACAAUUUCUGCGGCAGAUAAUGGAAUAAAAACACUUGCAUUGCAUACUUCUCUUCAUACAAGAGGAGAUCAGGAAGUUUCUGUCAGUGUGUGUAUAAAGGUCUGUUCAAACACCCCUUGCUCCAUCACAUUUUCUUGAUAGAUACUCCACAACUGUAUU